UUUAUAUCUUCAUUUUUAUCUCUGUUCCCUCUCAUCCAGCUGAUAAACUUCCUGGAAGCCAACGAGGUCCCCCGCCCUGUGACCAUUCGUACCAACACGCUCAAGACUCGGCGACGGGACCUGGCACAGGCUCUAAUCAACCGCGGCGUGAAUCUCGACCCCUUAGGGAAGUGGUCGAAAACGGGGCUCGUUAUUUACGACUCCUCCGUUCCCAUCGGUGCCACCCCGGAGUAUCUGGCUGGGCACUACAUGCUGCAAGGAGCCUCCAGCCUCCUCCCUGUCAUGGCGCUGGCCCCGCAGGAGAACGAACGCAUCCUGGAUAUGUGCUGUGCCCCAGGAGGCAAGACCAGCUACAUAGCUCAGCUUAUGAAGAACACGGGUAUGGUCUUGGCCAACGACAGCAACGCCGAGCGGCUGCGUAGCGUGGUGGGGAACUUGCAUCGGCUGGGAGUCACCAACGCGGUAGUGAGUAACUGCGAUGGACGCCAGUUCCCCAAGGUGCUUGGAGGGUUCGACCGGGUCUUGCUUGACGCUCCAUGUAGCGGAACAGGCGUCAUUUCCAAGGAUCCUGCCGUCAAAACCAACAAGGAUGAGAAGGACAUCCUGCGCUGUGCUCACCUGCAGAAGGAGCUGAUCCUUAGCGCGAUAGAUUCGGUCAACGCUGCCUCGGAGACGGGGGGCUACAUCGUCUACUGCACUUGCUCCGUCACGGUGGAGGAGAACGAGUGGGUGGUGGAUUACGCCUUGAAGAAACGCAACGUCCGUUUGGUGGCCACAGGCCUGGACUUCGGCAAGGAGGGCUUCACCAGGUUCAAGGACCGUCGCUUCCACCCCUCCCUCAAGUGUACGCGGCGUUUCUACCCCCACACGCACAAUAUGGAUGGGUUCUUCAUUGCCAAGUUCAAGAAGUUCUCUAAUGCCAUCCCCCGGCCUCAGAAAGAGGAAGAACCUGCUGUGGAAGCAGCAACUCCGUCCACUCUCCCCGAUACCGUCACGGAGCCUCAGCCAAAAAAGAAGAAACUCGAGGCGUCAAAAGGUGACAAAGAGCAGAAGUCACCACAGCCCGCUUUGAAGAAGAGACGCUCGUUGCAGGCCCAGAGGAGACCCCUGAAGGCUGGCCGACCUUCCCCCAAAGUGACGCGCCCUCCGGCCCCUGCCGGAAAGAAGCAGAGAGUGAAACUGAACGGACAGUGA